UGCUGCCUGCCUGCCCACUCUCCUUCCUUCUCCAGCGGAGGACUGCUGCAGAGCCAGGGAGAGCCCCGGAGAGCCCCACAGCAAGCAGCCCUCAGGGGGCCAGGGUAGAGGGGGCAUGAAGGGAGAACCAGCUGCUCAGGUGGGUUAUUGCCAUAAGACCAAGGCCCUUGGGGGAACCAGGGGCUCCCUGUCCUCAAGCCUGGACUUUCAGCUCUGCCAAGGUGACCAGGUCUUUUCAGCCUACAGACCACCUCCAGACACAGUGGAUGCUCAUGACGGCCCAUCCUAUGCCAGCUGGCUUACCCCUUUGCCACUGACACCAGUCAGAUCUUCCCUGCUGGCCUGCCCCCAGGGCCUGGACCUGUACCUGUACACCCUACAGCCGGCAUCUCUGGGCACAGUCCCACAGGGUCUCAGAGAGGACGCUUUGAGCACAAAGCACCAGCCAUCAGAGCUGCACACCAACUCCACCGAUGAUGAAAAACUCGUAGCCAAGUACCCACCAAGCAGGGAUGAGAUAGGAAGGCAGCCUGAAAGAGCUGGCAAGGGUGCCCCCUGCCCAGCCUUCUCUCCCCAUGACAGCUCUUCACCACCACCCUGGCAGAACAGAAAGAGCCCCAGCCCUUUGGCUUUCCGUCCUCUCUCCCCUCCUGCCCCCAUCUCCAAGGAGCUUCCAUUCCACUUCUACCCUGGGUACCCACUUCUCCUGCCUCCACACUACCUGUUCACCUACGGGGCCCUACCUUCUCUUCAACGUUCCCACCUCUUCAUGCUGCCCCAAGACACCUCCUUCCCCACCAUGACUGUGCCUAGCUUGCUGAUGACAGUCAAUGAGCCUGGGCACCACAGCACCCAGAAAGACACCCUGCUUCCCUACCCAGGGACCUGCCAAGCUUCUGGCCAAACCCUACCCUCUCAGGCCCAGAAUCCAGGCCCUAGAGCUGCUCUAACCUACUCCCCAGGGCUGGAGUGCGCUGAUGUGGCUGCCCCAGCAAAGCUAGCCCCACAGGGUUCCCAGACUGGCAGAGCAGCCCUGCCUUACCCACUGCAGAAAGAAAACGGCAAAAUCCUGUACAAGUGCAACGUGUGCAGUAAGACCUUUGGGCAGCUCUCCAAUCUCAAGGUCCACCUGCGUGUGCACAGUGGGGAGCGUCCAUUCCAGUGUACACUGUGCCAGAAGAGAUUCACCCAGCUUGCCCACCUACAGAAGCACCACUUGGUGCACACUGGAGAGCGGCCCCACGAGUGCCCGACAUGCCACAAGCGCUUCAGCAGCUCCAGCAACCUCAAGACCCACCUGCGCCUACACUUGGAGGCCCAGCCCUUCCAGUGCAGCAUCUGCCUGAGUCGCUUCACCCAGCACGUCCACCUGAAGAUGCACCAUCGGCUGCACGCCCCAAGGUCCCAGGGCCUGGCUCAUGCCCACCUUUCCCUGGCCUCUCUGGCCUACCCUGCCCCAUGCAACCAGGGAGUACUAGAUCUUGUAGUGGUGCCAUCAGAGAAACAGAUGGCCUGGGAUAUGGACAAGGUCAAGGUGUCCUUGACAUCCGGGGUAAAUCAAGAGUAGCCGGCCUGAAUGUGGUGUCAAGACUGCCCAGGGGAAGAAGCUGGGGCAGAAUAAUUAAAGGGUUUUCUCUCUAAUGAGGUUGGGCCUCCUGAGCUUCAGCAGUAGAGGGGGAAGCCACCAUGUAUUUACCAUACAUCACACUCCACAUGGGAGCAGGUCGGGGACACAACUGGGAAGAGCCUGGGAUACCUGUGCAUAUGGGGUGGGGGCCUGCAGCUAUGUACCUCAGGAUGAGUGUGGGAUGCACGCCCUGUCUGAGCCCCAUCUGGAACAAGGCCCUCCAUUGCAACUCACCUUUGGACAGUCCAGACCUCCAAGACUUAGCAGACUGUGCUGCCCAGUCUGGGCACGCUGCCCUGUUUCUGAACAUCUUUUCCAACACCUGUCCAGAGGUAUCUCUGCUAUCUCUGCUGCCUCCCAUCACCUUCUGGUCUCCAGAUUCCUUCAUGGCCAUAGUGCUCCCUCAGCCAUAUUCCCUACAUGGACAGGUGGGCUGCUCCUCUCCAUGGGAGUAGUAAGGAAGGAGACACGAGAUAUCAGUGUCCACUCAUGACCCAGCUGCAUGAAAUCAUGUGUGCCAGGACCAGUCACCACAGAGGGCAAAGUGCUAAUGGGGUGCCAAAUUCAGGGAAAGGGCUAUAGGCAGAGGAGAACUGGCAAAGAACCUGAAGAGUGGGGACCCUUCUGAUGGCCCUUCUCCCUGAAGCGCCAGAGGACCCCCUCAAAUGUGCAAGGUGUUCCCCAUUCCCACUCCUGAGUCAGAGACAGCGUCAAGUGGAAAAGGGUACUGCCUGGCAAGCAGGAGGUCCAAGUUAUGAUCACAGUAAAUGAUAGCUAUUGUUAAACAGUAAUUUUCAGAGGGGUUCUCUGGCAGACUUCCAGCAGGAGCACCAAUACCCUCGCAGGUUUCACAGUCGCUUCCCCACCGCGGUGCUAAACGAGAUUCCUGUUCUGCGUCGUAGCUGUCUCAAAGGGAACCCAGCAUGGCAGGGCAAGGGCAGAGUAGGAGCAGGACCCACCUGUUCCAAGCCCAUCUCAGUAACACAUUGGGCCCCACCUGGGACACCGACCUCUCGCGUUAAGCCCCACCCACUCGCGAGUCCACGCCCCUUUCCAGUCCCUGGCUUUGCCCCUAUGUUCUAGCCCCAUCUGCCGCUAGGAGGCGCCCCUUACUCAGCCCCGCCUCCCGGCCCCUGCUCACCCCAGGCCCCUCUUUCCCAAACCCAGGUCCUGCGUGUCCAGCUCAAGGGCUUGCAUCCCCCCCGGUGGGUCCCUGGCGCCUCUUGCCUGAAAAAGCGCGGAUGGGGCCGGAGUGCAGGGGACAGAGGCAGUGGCUCAGGCGGAGGGCCUGGGUUGCGGUCCGGGGCGGGUCCAGUGCCCUCCAGAGCGCGCGCUCUGUCCCAGGGCAGAAGCAGCAGCUGGUUCGGAUUCCCGCCCGCGCGCUGCGGGUGGGGCGGCUGUUUGUUCAGUGGGGCCGCCUGAGGAGGCGCUUCUCCGCAAAUGCAGUGGAUCCGGGUGGCCCCUGUUGUCAGGUGCCCAGACGGCUCAAGAACCGGACUUUGACAUGGCCGAGCGGCGCAGGGGUCUGGGGGCACGCCUGGUCCGCCUCUUGGCGGGACUUGGGGUCCGGAGGGAGCGCAGGGGGAAGGAGACCUUGGAGGAGGCCACAUCCGGGGAUAGGCCUUGGGAUGGCCAGAGCUGCCCUGACCUGGCCUGGGGCCAGGGCAGCACCAGCAAUGUCAGCCUCAAGGCCCCAGCCCACAGCCACUCCGAAUGGGACCUCCACAUAGGCAGCCAUGAUGGUUUCUGGAUUUGGAAACAACAGCACAUCUCAGGGGGACCUGCUCGGUCCCUGGGACGCCUACAGAGGCCAGCUGUGGGCAGUGCCUCUGAUCUGGCCAGCCAUGCCUCCAAGGAGCCUGAGAGCCUGGCACUGGCUGUGGCUUCAGCAGAGCUUGCUGGUACCAGGCAGCCCUCACCACACCCAGGACUUGCUGCUGGACACUGGGGACAGAGAUCCCCAGGCUGUGCCCGUCAGCAACCCCCCUUCACAGUCCUAGAGGUCCCUCUGAGGCCUGAGCCACCCAGCAACCUGGAAGACGCACCCCUGCUGCCCCACCCUGCCUCCCUUCCUGAGACAGAGGGGGCAAAGGGCAAG